AUGAUUUCCUUUACUUCAUUUCCCUCAAAGCCCCAAGCAACCAGCUACGCAAGCUCAAGUCAAUAUGGAGAGUCAAAGAGAGACCUUAUGGACAUUGACGAUGAAGAUUUUGAAUCGCAAGGAUCUAAAUUGACCUGCCCCGGAGAUGGUCAUGGAACAUACAUUGAUGAUGAUGAGGUUAUUGCUUCUGUGGCUGGGACGAUUGAACGAGUAAAUAAGCUGAUCACCGUUCGGGCCAUCCGAAGUCGGUACAACCCCGAAGUAGGGGAUCUAGUUGUAGGGAGGAUAACGGAAGUUCAACCUAGAAGAUGGAAAGUUGACGCCCAUUCAAGACAGGACGCUGUUCUGAUGCUAUCAUCAGUAAAUUUGCCUGGCGGGGUUCAACGGCGAAAAUUAGAAAGUGAUGAGCUCCAGAUGCGUGGUUUUUUUGAAGAGGGUGACCUUUUGGUCGCAGAAGUCCAAGCUUUCUUCUCAGAUGGCGCCAUGUCUCUCCAUACACGAUCAUUGAAAUAUGGGAAGUUGCGAAACGGACAACUGGUUGUUGUCCCGCCUAUCUUAGUGCGCCGUCUCAAGUCUCACUUCCUGACACUACCAUGUGGCGUCGAUCUCAUUCUUGGUCUAAAUGGUUACAUCUGGGUAAGCAAACACGUAAAGGAAAGUGAACAAGAGGGGGAGGAAGGGUUUGACGCAGAGGCGGUGUACUCCAACGUAAACGAUGACAUAGAUGAACCGACAAGAACGGCAAUCUCGAGAGUGACACACAUAAUUCGCGUGCUAACCUCCCACUUUAUCCCACUUUCCGACACCUUAUUGCUGGAGGCAUAUGAAUGGGCCGUGGAGCAUGAGAGCGACGUUAGAGAUCUACUCCAGCAAGAUUUUGGCGAUGCCCUAGUUUCUUCCGUCGUGUCCGGGAAGUGA